AUGCCACGCGACGCAUACGAGAGCGACACCGGCGAGAGGGACACACCGACCCACACAGACUUCAUCAACAACGCACCAGUAGCGCGUAGGAUAGGGUCUGUGCACGGGGGCGGCCGGAAGGCGCUGCAUCGCCGAGGACGAGCGAUUGCGCGGAUUAUGUACUCCCAAGGUCGAACCCUGACCGGUAUCGCACGCAUCUUCGGCGUCAACAUAAAGGUCAUCCGCCGCGUGGUGAAGCUUCCGCAUGUCCACUGUCCUAAAGACGAGCUGCCGAAUGACUACGACUACGCUGGGGACGGCUUCAAAACGGCUUUUCCGCCACUGACCACGAGCGAGAAGCCGGGAUGUGUGGAUACUUGUUCGUCAAGCUCAGAGAAUGACUCCGACGAGGUGGCUUCCUCCGCCGGUGUCGGUUGCAAGAGGAAGAAGUCCCAGGCGAAUAUUAGUACUGCGAAGAAGGUUAAGCGUCGACAGCCCACACCUUAUCAUAGCCAUGCGUUUGAUGCAUAUGAUUCGGACUCAUCCCUCUCCGAACCUCCUGCCAGUCCCCCGCCUGGUCCAUCGACGCCGAGAAAACGACGGCUUCCGCUUCCCAAACACGGCGCUAUCCAGACCUACCACGCCUCUCUUCUUGCCGAUGUUCUAAAAUCUAUGCUUGGCCUUGACCCGGUCCUGAACAUGACCACUCCGGCGCACAUUGCCCUGUUCGAAGCGCGGGGCUUCACCGUCGCCCGCCUCCACGCGAUGAGCCGGUGGGCGGCGUCAGAUAUCUCUGAGGCGUUGCGCCGUUUGCUCUCAAACAAAGUCGACAACCACAUCAAUCUCGACGUAUUUGAGGUCGUCAUGCUAGAGCUCGCACUGACCAAACUCGAGGCUCCCACCACGUCGACCCCGCCGGUCAAGUCUCUGUCUGAUGCUUUGUCUCUUGUUGAAUAUUUGCGAAAUGUCAAUGGGUUCGACCUCGCGGGGCAUGCCCAGCUCCUUGGCACGAACGGCUUCACCCUCGAGCGCCUCCGCCACCUUUCCUCAAUGGCCAGUGACUCACCCCAGAUGGUGUAUGAAGUGCUCUUCCGCGCACUGCAGGCGGGAAGUCCAUUUGUUGAGGGUGGCAGUGGCAGUCAGAGCCCGGGGAUAACACCCAUUGAAAUAAUCGCUCUCGAAUUCUCGCUGCGUUCUCACAUCGGCCCCAUCUCGUAA